UUCGACCGGUGCAUUUAUACAGUGCCGAGAUUUGCCGUGUCACACUAGUCCACGGGUUUAUGGCGACCAGGUCCAAUUGAACGUUCCGCCUUUACCGAUCGCGUUUUAUCCUUGCAGCCGUAAAGAUACCUGGCUGCUUACGGCCAUAAAGAUUGCUGGCCAGUGCUCAGUUGGCCGCGAAAAACCCAAGUGAGCCAACUCCCGAAGUGCGAUUAAAUGGGUUUAUAUGGAGAGCCUAUAAAAACGCUCAGUUGGGUCAUACAAUUUUCCAUUGCCGGUCAUUAAUUCGCGCUGUCCGACAUUGUCCCUCGUCUCGGAAAUAUUCUUUAGGGGAUGGCUGUCCGUUUGUCACUGAUUUGGCUGCUUCUGCUGGGCACUUCCAUUGACGUCACGCGCGGAAAGCGUUUGGAUCGUAAACUUUUGGACAAUCGAAUUGUGGGUGGUGAGGAGGCGGAGGAUGGGGUGGCUCCUUAUCAGGUGUCCAUCCAGACCACCUGGAAAACCCACAUCUGCAGCGGAGUCAUUCUCAACGAGCAGUGGAUCCUCACCGCGGGUCAUUGUGCACUGGACUUUAGCAUCGAGGAUCUGAGGAUUAUCGUCGGCACGAAUGAUCGCCUGGAGCCAGGACAGACUUUAUUUCCGGACGAGGCUCUGGUCCAUUGCUUGUACGACAUUCCCUAUGUCUACAACAAUGAUAUUGCGUUGAUCCAUGUCAACGAGUCGAUUAUAUUCAACGAUCGCACCCAGAUCGUUGAGUUGAGCAGAGAGCAACCUCCGGCGGGUUCCACGGUCACUUUGACGGGAUGGGGUGCUCCGGAAAGUAGCUUUCCCACAGUGCAGCAUCUGCAAACCAUCAAUCUUACCAUCAUCGCGCACGAGGAGUGCAGGGAGAGGUGGGACUUCCACAAUGGCAUCGACGUCGGUCAUAUUUGCACCUUUACCCGGGAAGGUGAGGGAGCCUGCUCCGGAGACUCCGGAGGUCCACUGAUGUGGGAGGGCAAACUGGUAGGCCUGGUCAACUGGGGAAGAGCCUGUGCCGUCGGCAUGCCCGAUAUGUAUGCCAACACGGUUUACUAUCAGGAUUGGAUCCGCAGGACUCGCUCUGGAUGCAAGAAUCGCGUUACCUGAAGGAGAUAGUAAGAGAUUAACUGGUAUCACUAUGAUAAAUGUUGGCAUUAAUAUGAGAAAUAAAUGUAUUGAUUAAAAUAACGAUGAUAACACAA